UUUUCCGUUUGGGGCUGAGUGGAGUCUGAGAAGUCGGAGCUCUGGAGGAGCACGUGAAGGCCUCAUGGUUGGACGCGACGGAGAGAAGAGGAAAAGAAAAGAGCAAAGACGGGACCUGAAAUAAAUUCAGCCUCGCAGUCUUGGCGCCAAUCCGACUAAAAGAGGAAUAAAGCAGCUAAAUAUUUCCACAGACGUUUUAAUCAGAUGUGCGUCUAACUGCGGCUCCCCUCUCUCUCUCUACAGCCGUGGCUCGGUGCUGUAGUUAGCCAGCUAGCCGCGUUAGCACACCAUCUAUCUAUCAUUGUCAUAUUAAUCUGGCCGCCUUCUCUCUGUCUGCAGUCACGAUAAUACUGAUAACUCAGCAGCAGUGAUCGAUAACACACGGCCGCAAAAAUGGGGAGGAAGUCCAACCGAGCGAAGGAGAAGAAAGCCCGGCGUCUGGAAGAGAGGGCGGCUAUGGACGCCGUCUGCGCUAAGGUGGACGCUGCCAAUAAGCUUGAUGACCCACUGGCUGCCUUCCCAGCCUUCAAAAAGUACGACAGAAACGGGCUGAACCUGCAGAUAGAGUGCAAGAGAGUGACCUCCCUCAACCCGCUGUCUGUGGAGUGGGCCUUCGAACUCACCAGAGCCAACAUGCAGACACUGUAUGAGCAGAGCGAGUGGGGCUGGAAGGAGAGGGAAAAGAGGGAGGAGAUGAACGACGAGAGAGCGUGGUACCUGCUGGCUCGCGACGGCGACUCCGCCCCCGUGGCCUUCUCUCACUUCCGGUUCGACGUGGAGUGCGGGGAGGAGGUACUAUAUUGCUAUGAGGUGCAGUUAGAGAGCAGAGUGCGGAGGAAAGGGCUCGGCAAGUUCCUCAUCCAGAUACUACAGCUCAUCGCUAACAGUACACAGAUGAAGAAAGUGAUGCUGACAGUUUUUAAACACAACCACGGGGCUUAUCAGUUCUUCAGAGAAGCUUUACAGUUUGAGAUCGACGAGACCUCGCCGAGCAUGUCUGGCUGCUGCGGCGACGACUGCUCUUACGAGAUCCUGAGCCGGCGGACCAAACACGGCGAGGCCUCGGUGGGACACACCCACGGGGGCGGGCACUGCGGCGGCUGCUGCCACUGAUCGACCGCAGCGACCUCCGCCGAUUGGUUAAAAGCCAGCAACUUUCAUGGCUGUGUGUGAAAGCUUGAGCUGCCUGCUACUUGGCGGGCGUUUUGAGUUUGAAUGGCCGUCUCUGUGGCCGUUAAAAAUGAACCAAUGGUGGAAAUGCGCCAUACCUGGUUACAGAUAUUAAUGUUGCAUUAUGGAUUGAGAUUUAUGUGUCUUUUGUGUGUUCCUGCUACAAAAGCAGUAUGCAGUGUGAGCUUUCACACAUAGCUCCUGUUUUUUUUUUUUGUUUUUUUAAAUUUUUUUUCCUACUUCUUGGUUCAAUGUCCAAGCUAUCUUUUCCCCCAUUCUCUCAUCCCAAUUAAUGACUAUUAGUGGUUCCCAGUAAAGAACAAGCUAAACAUUGCCGACAUUCUCUACCACUGCAAUGAACCUCAUCCCAUCCUGCUCUCAUCUCCUGAUGUGCUAUACUGUAUUGAAUCAUUCUGCAGUGCUUAACAUGGGUUGCUGGCCCGGGGCUGUUUUUAUAGAAACUCAGUGUCUCCAGUCAGGAUCUCUCAAGGCUGAGACAGAAUUUAUCUGAGGUAGUAAAUUCUUCUAAAUUGAUAAAUCAUGCCCUAACUCAAAUCACCAUGGAUACUAAGCAGAUAAGAAAGGGUUUAUAGAGUUAGCCAGUUUCUGUAAUACAGCUCCUGAUCACACUCCUGAGACUACAAGCUUGUUUCACUGAACCAGGCUCCAAGAUCAGGCUGAUAGACUCAGUUAUGUGUCCCUUAAAAAAAAAAACAGUGGGAGAGCCCCUGCUGCACCAUAACAUUAUCUGUUAUAAUGCAAGUUAUAUGCACAUGCGGCUUGUAGGUUAUUUUUGUAAUGAAAGCACUGCAGCUAGCAGCAACUGCACUGUUUUGAACCACGUUGGCUCGUGAUACUACUGUUACAUGAUUACAGUACACUAUAAGCACUACCAAUCUUCUAUUAUAUUCUGUUAUAUUCAGGUGAUGUCUAACUGUAGACCUCUCCCUGCUUUUAUUUUAUUUCUUUUACUUACGAGACAAGAUGUCAGAGAUUGCCUUUUUUCUUGAUUAUGCAUUCUCUUUUCUCCCAGUGGAAUUAGUAAAAAAAAAAAAAAAAAAAAAAAAUCAUACUUGUCUCAUCAUCUGUUGCUGUAAAAUCUGCAUCCAAAUAAUUCCAGUACGACCCCGUCGCUCAUUCAGCUGCUUUAGCCUCCACCCGUGUUUCCUUAUCAGAGGUACAACUGAAAACAGUUUUCUGCUUCUUUUCAAAAAACGCAUCAAAACGCUUCAUUUGCUCAUUUUUUUCCACUCUUUGUCUCCAUCUUUUCCUCGUUUCCGUGCUUACAAACACAAAUGGGAGAUUCGCUUGCUUCAGUUCUGUAACAAAAAAAAACCAAAACAAAACAAAAAGCAUCCUCCUUUCCUUUCUCCUGUUCUUCGUGUCUCAGUUCUCCCUCCAUGUCCUAAAGACACUGAAUGAUGACAGCAGACCCGUUUAUGUUUCUCUCACCCUCAGUCACCUUUGUAAAGUUGCAUCACUCCCGCUUUGUUCUCUUCGUUUCCAAGAGGUACUGAUGAAAAACCAGUCGAUGUUGACGCUACUUUCAACUGUAUUUAAAAACUACUAAAACCAUCCUCCAUCCCUCUUCUAUAUUUUGUUAGCAUGAGCAAAUCAUAUUGAUUUCACAGGGAUGAGGACUGGUAGAAGUCACCACUUCAUUAUGUACAGUGGCCGUCAUUAAUCUGGAAGAUGAUGAAAGCUAUUAACUUGGAGGCAGGAACAUGGAUGGAUUAAUGGUGGAAGUUAUUGCAGAGUACUGGAGGUGUUUUUUUUUUAAUGGAUGUUGCUCUUUUUUUUUCUUUUCUCCUCAGUAAUCACCUGUUUUCCCAGCCCACCGUCAUUAGUUUGCAUGGCAAGACUCAAAAAAAAUUAAAUUAACCUCAUAGUCUAAAUGAAGAUCACACAACAGCGAUGUUGCUUCUGAAGCUGCACUGCUGCACUGUUUGAACGCGUGUCUAAAAUCCUCAUGCGUGUCUGACGGCGUGACUUUAAUAUUUCCCACAGUUGAACAUCAGUGUGUGGUUCAGAUGUUUGUGAAAGGAGGAGUCGUGUGAAGUUUGAAGCCAACGUUUCUUCAAAGCAUCUCGGCACAAAGUCAUUACUGUCAGAUUUGAGUAAUGGUGAAAAAAAUGACUGCCAAGAUGCUUUUAGGUCCCGCUGAGGAUUUUAGAUACCACAUUACUAGUUAAUCUAGGCUGCUGUAACCACUUGGGUCUUGUUGAAUCCAUAUCUGUUUACAAAACCUUCAGGGUAUCUUUAGAGUGCUAGUAGACUGGGUUAGACUUAGAAACCACCAUAAAACCCUUAAUUCCAGGACUUUAGUCAGUUUCUUCAGAUUUCACGUGUGGGCUGGAGGGGUGAAAAGAUAUCCCUUGACACUACUGUGGAUGGGUUUUUUUUUUUAAAACAGGUUAUAUAAAGGCUUGACUCGAGAUUUCAAAUAGAUAGACGCCUGGUUAAAGUAUGUGAAACAGGGGAGAUUGAAAUGUGAAGUUGACGGACACUUUGUUUAUUAUGCGAUUUCCUACACAGGAACAAAGAUGUAUUAGCAACAAAACAAAACAAAAAAAAAAGCCCUCUUGGAUGAUCUUGGGGUGAAAGUUUCUGGUUGUUUCCAGUUUCUGAGUAAAUACAAAAAAAAAAAGAGAAAUGGUCCAACUAUUCAGCACCAGAAGAAGACAUACUGCAUUGUGUUUCAUGCUUGGUUGAACAAUGAUCAUGAACAAGAACAAUUAAAUAACAUAUUGCUCGUUUUUAGUUCUAGACUACCUUCUGAUAAGUACAGUAAUUCAUUUUUUACUGCAUAGGUUACAAUAAAAAGAGGAUGUUGUACAUAGUGGUAGUUUAUCAACUGACUGACAGUCUCUCUCUCUCAGGUUAAUCAAACGUAAUCAAACCUCAUCUGUUUUACUUAACAGCCAUGUUGUCAGUUCUGUUUGCUGGAUCAGAUUGUUCCACUGUGUGACCUAGAGUCGGUUUUUGUUCGUGUGUCAUUUUAAUGAAAGAAACUCUGAUUUGAUAAACCUUUAAAAGAAUUCUUUUAACAUAAACAGGAUGCUACUUUUCAGGAGGUGCUUCUAGCUUUUCUGAUAAAUUGCUGUAAAAGGAAAAAGCCUCUGAAAGGCUCCUGAACUCCUGUAAAUUUUGCAUGAAAGUGAAACUUGACACAAAGUGUGAACUGACUCUAGAUCAGUGCUCAGUGGUCACAUUCGAUCCAGACAGGUGGGCUGUCUUUAAAGGAGGCUCAUUGAAGUGAAAAUGCUUUUGUGAAAAUAUCUUAAGUUGGAAAAUGAGCCUAAACUUAACCAAUUUAUUUUAAGUCAGUGAGUUCUUAUAUUUUAGAAAAUGGUUACAUACCCGCACCAAUCACAGAUCCUUCUCUUGGUCUUUUCUCUAUGUAUAUAUAUAAGCUGUUGUGGAUCCAUCUUCAUUUUCAUUUCUAGGCCUUUUACAGGUAAAAACACUUUUUUAAACAUGAUGUGAAAUUAAAAAAAAAACAAAAAACUCCAUGUUUGAGAGUGAGUGUUAGAGUCCUGUCCAUAAACGACAAUGAAAGGGAAAACUAAGUCAUUCUGCCUUGUCAGUGUUUUAUUUGUAUGUUACAAAUAAAGGAAAGUUGUUUGACUUUUCAA